GUGCGGGUUGUCGAUCGUAUUCGUAUACGUUAGUCGGUAAAAACGCACAUGACUUUAUUGUACAACGUGUGCUUGUACGCGGAUCACUUUAACGUAUAAAUCGAGCUGCUCGUAUAGUGCUCUUCGUGCACCUACCGGUGUACUUAUUCUACAUAAAUUUAUCAUUGUGAGCUGACAACAGGUGUUCGCGUGCAUUACGAUUGAGGUUUUUACUCGGUGAGCAAAGUUUUUCUUGUGGUUUUUCUUCGAUUCAGGAUCGUUCAAGACAGCAUUUCUGGUAUAAAAAAUGGCGCCGAAAAAAGCCGCAUCGUUGCUCGGUCUAGAAGAGUUGACCAAUAACAAAAAUGGUCUCGGGAAAGCGCUGUUAGCCGAAGCUGUUGGAGUUUUCUUCAUAAACUAUUUCGGAUGCUUGAGUUGCCUGAAACCAGCAGCUCAAUCGUUAAGUUUCACUGUAACCGGUAGCGCAGAGGCGUCAAAUCAAACUUGGAGCACAGCUCCGGUGGAAUUCACAUCUCAAACAAUCGCCAUAGCUUUGAGUUUCGGUUUAGUCAUCUUUGUUUUAGUACAAACUUUGGCUCAUGUCAGCGGCGCCCAUUUGAAUCCUGCCAUCACCAUCGGGUUACUGGCUACCGGAAAAAUCACAAUUAUUAGAGGAAUAUUGUACAUUGUCGUACAAUGUCUGGGAGCCAUCGCCGGUUCCGGUGUACUCCAGAUUUUAGUACCGGAAAAUCUAGGAGCUACAACACCGUCGCCUAAAGUUACCCCAUCGCAAGCGUUAGGAUUAGAGUUCUUCCUCGGAUUCAUCUUGGUAUUGGUCGUUUGCGGAGUCUGCGAUCCGAAUAAACCUUUCAUUAAAUCGACCGCUGCUUUGGCUAUCGGAUGGACUGUCGCUGUUGGACAUAUUACUACCGUUGGUUUGACUGGAUCAAGCAUGAACCCAGCUAGAAGUCUCGGAUCUGCAGUUGUAACCGGAACUUGGACUUAUCACUGGGUUUACUGGGUAGGACCCAUUCUUGGUGGUGUUGUUGCCAGCCUUCUGUACACCUUUAUCUUCUCUGCUCCCGAAGCCGGAGAAUACGCACCGGUCAAUGUAGAAGAAAAAGAGGUGAGUAGCUAAAACGCUUAGAUGGUAAAAACGAAGAUGGACUCGCUUAAGAAGCUAAUAAGUCAACCCAAAAACACCAAAUCGCCGAAUGCCAUUCUGUCAAAAGUGUUCGAAUAAAAAUUCAAAGUUAUAUUUGUGACAAAUGUAUUUAUUACAUAAGAUUUAUGCUUGAAAUUUAUUGUUUUUAUUUGUGUACGAAUUUUAUUUCCUCUUAUAAUAAUUGUAUUCCUAUCAACUUUAUGUGUUAAUUGAAGUAACUUUUUUUUUGUGAAAUUCUACAGACAUGUUUUUAAUUAUUGUUUAUUUUGUAAAUGGCGAUUCUAAAUUAUUAUUGACGUUGUUUUGCUUUGCUUUUUUUGUAAGAACAUUCUUGUGAUCUAAAAUAUCAAUAUUAUGCAAAUAAGUUAUCAUGUAUCUCUAAGAAUAUUUUUGUAACAUGUACAAAAGUAAGCGAACGUGUUCUGUCCAAUAAAUAAUAAGAUGUAAUGUUAUGACUAAAAAUUAUUAUUUACUUAUAAUCUUAUUAUUUUUUUGUUACUGUUUACGUUGUACUUUUCCUCCUUUUUUUUUCUCUCAUUUAAUUCACUUAUGCAUUUUUACGUAUUACUUGAACAAGAGUUUUAUUUUCUCAAUUUGUAUCUAAGGUCACAAAAAAUAAAUUAUAGUGUUGCGUUUGAAAA